AGGGGCGUUUCCUCUAUAAGAGGAACCUUUCUGCUGCUACCACGGAAUCUACGGACAUUAAAAGCGAAACGCACGUUUCUUCGUACCGCCGUGGAGCCUAGUAACUAGUAAACAGACCAAAGUAAACUUUUACAGAGGUAAUAAAGCGCGAUCACGCUAAAGAGGAGUCAUUUGCGCCUGGACAUAUAACGGGGCGAGUGGCGCCGAGCGGACGCGGACCCUGUUAGCCGGACCAAAUACUUUAAUUUCAGGAGAAAUGCCGGCGCCGGAGGUAAACACUGGAUAAGCUACAGCAUGUCCAAAGAGCCUGAGGCCGCUCCCCACAAAAGCGACGGGAGGACGAGCCCCAUCAGCGUUAUACUGGUGAGCUCGGGAAGCCGGGGCAAUAAGCUGCUGUUCCGCUACCCGUUUCAGAGGGUCCCCGAGGACGCGGCAUUGCUGGCCGCGAAGCAGCGGAGCCCGUAUGCGCUGAACCCCAGCGGGGACGCGUCCGAGGACCCAGAUGGAGAUUCGCGGAAACAAACUCCCCGAAGCGAGGAGUACUUGGUAGCAGGUUUCUCCGACAUCAUCCUGGCCACCAUCCUGGCCACUAAGUCUGACAUGUGCGGCAAGAAGUUCGAGCUGAAGAUUGACAAUGUACGCUUUGUGGGACACCCGACCCUGCUGCAGCCCCCCCACACUAUCCAGGUCUCCAAGAUGGACCCCUCCCCCAAGAGGGAGAUGCCCACGAUGAUCCUGUUCAGCGUGGUGUUUGCACUUAGGGCCAACACAGACCCGUCGGUCAUUGGCUGCAUGCACACACUGUCGCGGCGCAUCGCGGUAGCCCUACAGCACGAGGAACGCCGGUGCCAGUAUCUGACGCGGGAAGCCAAGCUGAUGCUGGCCAUGCAGGACGAGGUCACCACCCUGACUGAGAGUGAGUGGGGGGUGCGGGUCACUACCCUGACUGAGACAGCUGACGCCGGCCCCCAGUCGCCUUUCCGGCAGAUUCUCCCCAAGUGCAAACUGGCUCAGGACCUGAAGGAGGCGUAUGACAGCCUCUGCACGACCGGCGUGGUGCGACUUCACAUUAACAACUGGCUGGAGGUCAGCUUCUGCCUCCCCCACAAGAUCCACCAGGUGGGGGGCAGCCACAUUCCCCCCGAGGCCCUGGAGCGCAGCCUGAAGGCCAUCCGGCCAUACCAUGCGCUGCUCCUGUUGGACAGUGAGAAGUCCCUGCUGGCUCAGCUGCCCCUGGACUGCUCUCCUGCACUAGUGCGGCUCAUCAAGACCUGCUCAGCCGUGAAGAACCUGCAGCAGUUAGCGCAGGACGCAGACCUGGCCCUCCUGCAGAUCUUUCAGAUUUCUGCACAUUUGGUUUACUGGGGUAAGGCCAUCAUCAUCUACCCUCUGUGUGAGAACAACGUUUACAUGCUGUCUCCGCACUCCAACAUCUGCCUGUACUCCCCCCUGGCUGAGCAGUUCUCCCAACAGUUUCCGGGCCACGACCUCCCCUCCACGCUGGCCAAGUUCUCCUUGCCCGUCUCGCUGUCAGAGUUUCGGAACCCCCUGGACGCCCCCAUGCAGGAGGCCCAGCUGAUCCAGACGGUGGUCUGGCUCCUGCAGAGGCGCCUCCUCAUCCAGCUGCACACCUACGUCUGUCUGCUGGCGCCGCCGAGCGAGGAGGACCCCGGCUGGGAUGAGGAGCCGCCGCUGGCGACGCGCGUCGGGGGGCGUGGCCUCAGCACGCCCAGCGCCUUGAGCUUCGGCUCCCCCACUAGCAGUGAUGACAUGACCCUGACCAGCCCCAGCAUGGACAACUCGAGCGCAGAGCUGCUUCCUGGCAGCGACUCGCCGCUGAACCGGCGCGUGACGGAGACGCUGCUUGCCAGCCUGAUGGAGCACGAGCGCCAGGCCAUCCUCAGCGUACCGGCCGCCCAGAACCCAGAGGACCUGCGCAUGUUCGCUAGGCUGCUCCACUACUUCCGGGGCCACCACCACCUGGAGGAGAUCAUGUACAACGAGAACAUGCGCCGCUCCCAGCUCAAAACGCUCUUCGACAAGUUCCGCAGCGUCCUGGUGGUCACCAACCACGAGGACCCGGUUGUCUCCCUCUUUCAAUCACCCCUUGACUAAGAGCUGCCGGCUGGUCAGGACUCUCCAGCUCCACAGACUGCACCUGCGGAUCUGAUUCGAGACGACCGAGGGAUUUCCUCGGACGCUGAGAGAACGAGGCGCCUCUGCUGGUCUCGGACCAAGAGUGGGUUCUGCUGACUCGUUCUAGCUACGGGAGCCCAGAAUUCUCAAAAUGAAGGCAGUACCACCAAAAACUCAGCUCUAGCUUCAGACUUGGAGAUUCAUCCAUGCUGCUAAACUGAUCGAAUCUACAGACGUUUGGGAAGAAAAUUCACACGUUGAACUGAAGGGUUGAGAUGGUUUCAGGUCUGACUACAGACAGCCUAAACUCAAGGCUCUGAGAAGUUGCGUUUGUGCAUUUACCGCGGUCACUAAUUUCAGUGUGAGAACGUCUGUGUUUUGUAUGACCUUCUACACUUAGAUCCAGUCAGAGCCCAUCCCACUCCCCAACCAGCAAGUAUUUCAGUUUUGAAGAACCAACAUUAUCAGAAACAUCAUGGUUUUAUUUAUGCUACUAAUAUCACAGGGGAUUUCACCAGAGAAAUUCAGCUUAAGAUCCAUUUUUGGGUGCUAAACAACAGCGUUUCUCUUCUCUUUGCUGGUCUUUCACCAUUUGAAUCAUCUGGCUGAUACUGGCCACUGCACAUCUCCAAGGUUAUACCAAAUAUUUUGGUGUGCAAGAGCCAAACCCAGCUGGCCACUGCUGUUCUGAGAUGGGGGAGAGGGUGCAGUGUUGGAGAUUCAAGCUGUUUAUCGUCACACGACCCCCCCCCCCCCCCCCCAAGUAAAGGAGGGUCUGGCUGACCUUCAGUAGUUGGAUCUCCUUUCACCUCGGCGUGUUCCUCAUCCUCUGGACCGUGAGGAGAACACGGUGGCCAGCACUUAAAGUGAAAGCUCGUUCCUUAUGGAUAGGCACCCAACCCUGACAGCUGGCAAGGUCGUAAAGCGCUAAUAAGUAAAUGUCAAAUAAAUGACAUCAUGGCUGA